GAGAAGCUUUUAGGCUUUGUACAGAUCGUUGACAAGAAGACCAUCUCCUCGCUCAGUACAAAGGAACGCCGUUUAGUGAUGGAACCACAACCCUGCCUCGCGAAGAAGGGUGCAAGGUGGACACACCACUCAUAUUUUUUGUGGGUGGUGCACCCCUUGCCCGCUCGAAUUUUAGCGGACGAAUUAGGAUACGGUUAGGGUCAGAAACGUCUUUUGAGUGCUGGUGGCCCAGAAGAAGUCAUUUUUGCGCGAGAGAGACAUAGUUAGACGUACCUGAACUCUGGACAACCCCUAAAGACCCAGAUGGUGACACUGACAAGUUAGAACCCAAUACAUGUACUCUGGAAGGGCAUCCCAUCUUUUUGUGUGGUCAUUGAAUAUUUUGUGCCCUGACCUCUAUAUGGUGGUAAUAGUGUCACAUGCUCGAGUUGGUGCCCCGGCAGGAGAUGAAAUAGUGGUUGGAAGUGUCUCAAAAAUGGCCCCCCUUGGAAAGUUAGUUGAAGCAGUGUGUAUCAGCUGGUGGUAGCUACACAUAGAGAGAUGGCCAGUACUCGUUCCCGACGAGAUGUCCAAGCCAGUUCUCCCAGCCGGCAGCAGUCAGACGUGGAGGACCCUGGCAGUGACAGUGACUACUCCCCCGGAUCUCUCAUCAUCGACAUGGGAACUGACGAGGCAGUGUCGUCAGCCCAGUCGUCUCCCCCGGUGGUCCAGCCUUUACCCAGCUCCCCCUCCCCCUCCACAUCCUCCUCUGCCAACAGAGGAGGCAAGCGAUCUCUGGCCAGGAGACAGUACAACACUCAUUCUAAUAGAAUGGUGUUCACUGGUGUCAGUAUCAGAGGACAGAUCAACGUCAUGCAGACAGGCCACAGCCAGCCAGUAGAUCGUCUGGACCUGUACGCCUUUGGCUGGGGAGAUUUCUAUCUCGACAUCGUCACUCGUCGCUCCCACUCUUCAUUCCCGUCAGAAACAUCUACGAGAAGGUCAUCCCGGGCCUAAAGAGAAACGUCCUCUCGGCAAGAAUCUCAAAACUCCAGGUGAAGAGUGAAGCGCUCACGGAGCCGUACAUAUCAUCCAUGAAGAAGAUGGGGUUGGUGGUGACGGGCGCGUCGCAUUUCGUGGGGAUUGCGGACUUUGUCAAAAUCUGUCGCUACUUUCACGUUGAACCACCGGGCAUUCUGACGAAAUUUGGUACCAUUACUUCUGAGAUUGAUCCGGAGGCCGUACUGCGAUCGUUUUCUGGGAAUCAGACGUUUGGGUCUCUGACAGGAGAUGACAACGUGAGCAGGGUGACGGGGUCGACCCUUAAUCAGUCAGGUGGAAUGGCAUCGCUGUUGGGUGGUGGGGGAGGGGGAGGGGCGGUGGAGGGAGAGAGGCCUAGCAGCAGAGGGUCUUGUGUAAGUGGUGACAUAUCUUCCAGUCCUGCCAAUGCCUCCGAGGAAGUUGAUAUUCGUCGGUUGGCGUUGGCUGGAGGAGGGAGAGUAACAGUGGUGGUGAGAUCUGGUGAAUCCUACCUGUUGAAGGUGGAGCUGCCCUCAAUCCUUCCCUCCCACAGUAGAGACGUCCUCGAGACCAUCCGAAGAACGUAUGGUAUAACGGUGCUGCAUGCCAGUAAGGCCGAGAUCAGUCUCCUCAAGAACAAGGGAGUUGUGGGUGGGAAGGCGGGUCGGUGUGCCCUGUUCUCUGCCAGAGAUGUCUGCCAGAUGUUCCACCACUGGAAGACCUCUCCUCCUCCUCCACUGGCUGAACUGGCCGAGGGAAAACUGCCAAGUGAGAGACUGGACAGUAUGACCUUCCCUCCCUCCUACCCUCUGUCUUCUUACGGCUUCCCUCUAGAGGACCUUCCCUCUUUCCCAGACGUCUCCACCACACUCCCCCACUCCUCCUCCACCUCCUUCACACCCUCACACCCUCCCACCAACCUCUCUCCCUUCUCCGCCCUCCCACCAGCGGCUCCAACCUCUCAUCACCAAACUCACAGCUCACACGUCGUGCCACGCCUCUCCCAUCCUCCCUCCAUCACAUCCUCACCUUUCCCCCUCUCCUCCCAGCUCUCCGCAGAUCAUUUCCAACAGCCAAUUCAGUUGCUUCAAUCCGUCUCACCCUCCCAGUUCCCCCCACCCUCACAACCUCCCUUCUCCACUUCCCACUACCCACUCCCCAUACCGUCACACGCUCUCUUCUCCACACCCUCACACCCUCCCUACCCCACUCCCCAACCUCACCACCAGCGGUCGAACUUCGGUGGAGGUCGCGACGUCUUGGGGAUUCCCCCACCAAUUACCACUAAUUAUCCAAUGAUGGGACUGAACCAAGUGGGGAAACCCCCGGUUGUUACCAGUGUUGAUUACCCGAGGACUCCAGUCAAGAUGGAAGGUGGAGGAGGGAGGAAGCGAAGCCUAAGUACCACUGGACCCCCUCUUGAUGACCAAGAGCUGGACUAUGUGGCUAUGGUGUGGGGAGAGCAUCGGUUGACUCUGGUGUGUCCUCCGGGUGGAGCUGAACCAUUCCUCGCCAUUCCUGAACUGGUGGACAAGAUCUUCCAUAACAGAGCUCAUGUCAGUGCCCAGAGGAGAAAUGAACUGGGCAUUACCACCCUCCCUGCCACCUCUCUACAGAUGCACAUCCUCAGAGCUAAAGGCAGCCUCGAUGCAUUCACGGGGAAUGCAAAGUUGGUGAGUCUGAGUGGAGCAGUCAAGUUGGCUGCAGUCAGUAACAUUCAGAUCCCAGGCACCGUCAUACAGAUGAUCAGGAAAUUCUGCAAGGAGCCUCUGGAAUCCAUCAUUACUCCAGCUGGGUUUGCCCCUGCCACUCACCCUCCCUCCUCCUCCUCCUCCUCCCUCCUCCCCUCCAUAUCCUCGUACUAUUCUCCCUCCCACUCCCCACAGUCCUCACACCCUCACUCCUCACAGUCCUCACAUCCUCACUCAUCACCAUCCUCACAUCCUCACUCGUCACAGUCCUCACACUCCGAACCAUUCUCACAAGACUCGGGGUCGUCUUACCCCACUGGAGUAGCAGGGAAAAGAGUAAAAGUCGAAGGAGGGACCAAACCCGUAACGAAGUCGGAGACUAAAGGGGCUUCCCCUUCUAAAACGGCAGUUAAAUCGUCAAAUGAUGAUUCCGCCACGAGUGUUAGCCCUCACGAUGGAGUACCCCAACAUCCAGACCUUAUUGAUCCUGGGUCCAGCUUCACAAAUACCGUUGAUGGGACGUAUUGUCUGGUGAAAUGGGGAGCACAGAGACUGGCUCUUCUCAUCGGCAGUCAGAGAGUACACUACAUGGGCCUCUACCAGAUAUUCCAGGCCCUGUUCAAGCAGUACGUGACGAGAAUGAACUUCAAGAUGAGGAUGAGGAAACUGGAGAUCAAGAGCAUCCGCGCUGCCUCGAGCGUCCGUCAGGCACUCAUCAAUCUGGACGCCCUUCCUCAGUCUUCCCCUGUCUGUGGUCUCAUCAGGGUGUCCGAGGUGGAGAGGCUUGCUCGCUCGUACGGCAUCGAGCCUCCACAGGUCUUGUACGACGUGUUCUUACUGCGACACUCGGACCAGAAGCAACUCCCUAAUUACACGCGGAAGACGCAGGGGAGGGCGGUAAGAAGGACUCGGUUUCAGCGGGUACGAGCAAUUUGGGUCAAUUACGGCAGGGGUUGCAGGAGCGGUGGGGUCCAACUCAGAUGUUGAUGAGAGAGCAAGCAGCGUUGAUGGGGUCACUGCCAUUUGGCAGUAGUGGAAUUGAUUCAGGGAGAUCCAAUUUCACCACGUCACAACCGUCUCCACCACCAACUACGACUCAUUCUAUGGUUAUCACCACUGCUGCUGGGGACAAAGAUGCUCUCAUGGUCUCGGUUCCACGCCAGGCACUCACAUCUCGUUUCCGUCUGGUAUCGCGGCCGGUAGCUCCUCCAGGACUAAUGACAGGGUUUCACUCGUCUCGACCCUCGUACCCUCCCCUGGUCCCUAGGGGUUCAGUUCUGCACAGUCUCGCCAGAAAGAUCUCUCAGAAGAGCAGAAAACUAGGGAAGGGAAAGACAUCUGGAGUGGGUGCUGUGAGGAGCUGUCCAAAGUGUCACUAUGUGAAUCCGGCCUCGAAGAAGAGAUGCAGCGGCUGUGAGGAGUUCAUAGUCGGUCGUCACUGCCCCAGUUGUGGCACUCUCAACCACAACAGAACACGGGAGUGCUUCAAGUGCAACGCCAUCAUCGAAGAUGGCGAGGGAGUGAGGUACAGGACGGGAACACCAGAAGACAGUCUAUCUCCAGAGUAUCCCCUCUCUCCCCACUUCUCCCCUCCUCCCAUUCGGAAUGCCGCUCUCAAGAGCAUGUUCCCUCAGGACUCGGGGAAGACUGAGGACUCUGGAGUGGUGACAAAGACCAUGUUCUCGGGAAACCUUGCCUCGUCUCGCAAAUGUGUCGAGUGCGGACAACUCAACUCCAAGAUGGCAAAGAAAUGUCUACAGUGCCGGUCACCCUUACAGGGUCGGCCGUGUCCUCAGUGCAAUAGACCCAACCACAGUCACAGUACAGAGUGCUACAAGUGUGGCCACUCUCUUCCCUGCACCGCAACCAAGUGGGUCUACGUCGGCUCCAGCAGCAACAAAAUCUACAGAUCUCAAGAGAGCCACUCAUCAGCCAGAAUUUCAGCAGGUCUAAAGAACAGAGCGACCACUGUGUGUCUGAGAUGUAACAGACUCCGUAACAGCGGCAAGUUCACCUGUGGACGAUGUGGGGACAUGUACUGGACCAAGCCCGUGGUGGGUGGGGCCAGUGACAUCGUGGACACACCUAAUAGUGGGAGUUGCACUCAGAGUCACUCUUCAAAGAGAAAGAGGACGGGACUGGAGGCAAAUUGGAAUGAUGUUCCCUCAGAACCAGAUGCAGAGGAGAUGGUGUCGUUUGCCAGUAACCUACUGUGUCUGGGUGUUGGUGAGGGACUGCUGUCUCUGGUGAAUGAAGCUGAGACAAACGCCAGGGAGACUGUGCAUCAGGCCGAGGAGGAGCUGGAAGGAGUGGAAGAAGAGUACCAGGCCUGUGCAAAACGGAGAGAAGAGAAGGAGGGAGUUCUAAGUGAUGCCCGGGCAGAGCUAAAUGCCCUCAUAUCUGAAGUUGAGCACAGCACAAAGAGACUCUCAGAGCUUCAGAGAGAGGAAAAGAAUGCCAAGACCGUCACCAGCUCUCAUCCAGACACCAUCAGUCAUCUCAGAGAAAAGAUUGAAUGUGCACUUAGAAUUUUGACCACUUCAGUCGCCACCACUGUCACUAGUACUAUCAGUGAUAGUGUAGUUAUCAGUGAUAGUGCAGUGUCUGGUGGUUCAGAAAGCCCAUUAGCUAGUGGAGAUCCAGUACCAUCCGAUGAUGUGGAGAAUAUGGAUUCAGCUGAUCACUGAUCUUUAUUAUCACCAGUGGCGUCAUUUUUGUGUUUCAUUUCAAUAAAUUGUGAUUUUUCCUUUGAUGUAUUUUAUCAGUCUCAUACUUUAUUGCUUGCUUGCAGAGCAUUAAUUUUUCUGCACAUACAGCGGAUUUUGUAUAAGCGAAAUUAUAGGCAU